UCUGUGUGUUGUCUUCUCCGCCACUUCUCAGGUUCCUACUGCUAACCUAACAUGACCUUACCUUACCCACGUAGUCCACCCACGCAUGCGAUGUGAUUGCACACGCCUCGAUCCUUUCCGUAUAUAACCACCAUCCUCCCGCCUCCUCGUAUGGCCGCCUGGCAACAUCGUCUCAUCUACUUUCGCGACUUCGCAUAUCCUUCCCAACCUCACCGCUCUCGAAUGCCAAACUCAGACAUCGGCGACGCGCCUGCUGGCUCGUUUGCAGCGUACGUAAAUGGCUCCGUUACUACUCUACCUACUCCUCCUUUAGAUCCUUUGGAUAGAAUACACAAAACUGCCCUGGUGGCGGAGGAGUUGGGUGCUGAAUCUGGCUCCGACAGUGAGCAAGGUUCCAAGUCGUCUUCGCGACGCUCCUCGUCCGAUUCGACUCGAAGACAUUCUCACUCUCGACCGACCCUCGCUCAUCGCAUCUACACUCAGAACCUCCGCGUUCAAGCAAAUGCUAAAUCCCUCCGCGCCAGGCUCCUCUCCGGUCCUUUGGUCGAUAUCUAUGUUGGUCACUCCAAGAAACACUGGUCGCUGCACCGAAAUCUCCUCUGCCAUCACUCCGAAUACCUUACACAUGAGCUUCUACCUACCAGUGAGAACGAAGAUCCCGAAUCAAGCAUAGACCUGCCAGACGACGAUCCAUCCGGUUUUGAGCUGUUGGUCAAGUGGUUAUACCAAGGAAAGCUUGACGAUGUCUCUAACAUAUCUGAUCCAUACCAGCAGUAUGACUAUGCUGUGGCUUGCCAUGCCCUCUGGCUGAUAUGUGAUCGUUUUGACAUGCCACAACUGAAGAACCUAGCAAUCGAUCAAUUCCGCCAGGGCCUGUAUGAAGCCGAACUCGUACCCGACGCUGAAGAAAUCAACUUCAUCUACCGCAAAUCUAAAAAGGGCUCUCCAUUUCGACGCCUAAUGACCAAGAUUGCUGCCAGACAAAUUAUGGAUCCUCAUGCGAACAAGGAUGCCACAUCCUACCUGUCUUGCUUUCGAGAUGAUCCUGAAUUCGCUGUAGAGCUCGUCAAUACUAUUAAGAAUGAUUCCGGUGGUAUGCUCUUUGAAGAUCCCACGGAGAGCGGCGAUGCGUGUAUCUACCAUGAUCACCAUGAUAGUCCGGAUUGUCAUCAGAAAGGGAAGCCCCGCACAGGUACCUGAAAGCUAUUCUUCACUUCAGUUAUGGUUCUGGUCUAUGCCCACUGGCUUAUCUUGCUCAUCACCCUGUUUUUACUUGCGGCUUGUUAAUCGAUGGCCUAACUCCAGUUCUUUCA